AUGUUCAAUACAUUCCUACUUUGUGUGGCUAUGGUUCAGGCAAUUCAGGCCAUACUGACCUCAGACUCUAGCAUUGGAAGACUUGAAGACAUCAGCUCUGGGGCAAAUACUGGCAGAUAUAGCUACCAAGGAUUACUGCGUAAAGUCAAAGAGUCCGGGUUACAUAUGCCAGGUAAGACUCAUUUUACCUUGUCAAGAUCAGGCAUUCUUACAAUGGACACAGAAGCUGCUGAAGAGAAUCUGAUGGAAGAUUACAGUCUGGUGGAUCCAAGGGCCCUGUCAAUGGAAGCAUCUUCCCGUGAAGAGCGUUCACCUAGGAGAUGUGUCCAGCUUUUGGAGUCAUGUGUUGGACAUCUGCCCUGCUGCAGCUCUUGUGCAACCUGUUACUGCCGUUUCUUCAAUGCAAUUUGCUACUGCAGAAAAACUAGCACCAACUGUCACCAGGGCAAAAACUAG